AUGUGUUCCAGACAAUCCUCCGGAGGCUGCCAUGAAACAUCUUCCCAGUCCUCCUGCUGCCACGGGAGCAGCUCCUCCAGCUACCAGACACAGGAUUUCUCCUGCUGUGGGGGCUCAGGCUCAGGCAGCUACGGUGGGAGCAGUGGGGGCUCUGGCAAGAUCAUUGUCAGUUCUGGUGGUGGAGGAGGAGGAUAUUCCGGAUGCUGCAGUGGGGGAUCCAGCGGUGGGUCUUCAGGAUCAAAGAUCAUCAUUGGAGGUGGAGGUAGUGGAGGUUCUUCUGGAUGCUGCAGUGGAGGAUCCAGUGGUGGGUCUUCAGGAUCAAAGAGCAUCAUUGGAGGUGGAAGCGGUGGAGGAUCAUCUGGAUCCUGCAGUGGGGGAUCCUCAGGCUACAGCAUGGGAGGAGGAUACAGCAGCAGUGGUGGGGGAUCAGGCCAGAAGAUCAUUAUUAGCUCAGGUGGUGGAGGAGGUGGCUCGUCUGGAUGCUGCAGUGGAAGAUCUAGUGGUGGGUCCUCAGGAUCAAAGAUCAUCAUUGCAGGUGGAGGUAGUGGAGGUUCCUCUGGAUACUGCAGUGGAGGAUCCAGCUAUGGCAUGGGAGGAGGAUCCAGUGGUGGGUCCUCAGGAUCAAAGAUCAUCAUUGGAGGUGGAGGUAGUGGAGGUUCCUCUGGAUACUGCAGUGGAGGAUCCAGCUAUGGCAUGGGAGGAGGAUCCAGUGGUGGAUCUUCAGGAUCAAAGAGCAUCAUUGGAGGUGGAGGAUCCAGUGGUGGCAGUGGAUCCUGCUGCAGUGGAGACUCCUCAAGCUAUGGCAUGGGAGGAGGAUACAGCAGUGGCAGUGGGGGAUCAGGUCAGAAGAUCAUUAUUAGCUGUGGCGAUGGAGCAGGAGGAUAUUCCGGAUGCUGCAGUGGGGGAUGCAGUGGUGGGUCUUCAGGAUCAAAGAUUAUCAUUGAAGGCGGAGGUAGUGGAGGUUCCUCUGGAUACUGUAGUGGAGGAUCCAGCUAUGACAUAGGAGGAGGAUCCAGUGAAGGGAAGAUAGUAAUUGGAGGUGGAGGUAGUGGAGGAUCCUCUGGGUGCUGCAGCAGAGGAUCCAGCUAUGACAUGGGAGGAAUAUCCAGUGGUUGUGGGGGAUCCAGUGGUGCAUCUUCAGGAUCAAAGAGCAUCAUUGGAGGUGGAAGCAGUGGAGGAUCAUCUGGAUCCUGCAGUGGAGGAUCUUCAGGCUACAGCGUGGAAGGAAGAUACAGCAGCAGCAGUUGGGAAUCAAGCCAGAAGAUCGUUAUUAGCUCUGGCGGUGGAGGAGUUAGCUCGUCUGGAUGCUGCAGUGGGGAAUCCAGUGGCGGGUCUUCAGGAGGGAAGAUCAUCAUUGCAGGUGGAGGUAGUGCGGGAUCCUCUGGAUGCUGCAGUGGAGGAUCCAGUGGUGGAUCCAUUGGUGGUUCCUCGGGCCAUGCAUUCAUCAUCAACUCUGGAAGGGGCAGCGGAGUAUCCUGUCAGUUUGCGCAGCAGAAAUGACCCGUUGUCAUUCCCAACAUCGAGUCCCAUCAGACCAAGGAGGCCUGCCACUUGCCCCCUUGCCACCAGAAGAAGUAA